AUGAAGUACGAAACCGCAACCAUUUUGAUCGCCGUUCUCGGCUUGGUAUCUGCUGCUCCCAUCGCAGAACCAAAGAAUACAUUCAAUCUUCCAUCCAUACCAAAGCGAAUGCUAAGAGGACGUGAGGUUCCUCAAGAACAUUCCCACAAUCGAUUCCUCGAUGGUGUUCGUGUCAAUUUAAACAUCAACAAUCCAAACAAAAUCCAAGAUCCAGUCUUUGGUCUUUUGGGUAAUGCUGCAGCCAUGAAAGGAGCUGGAACAAUUACCAAUCCCGAUUGUCUUCACCAAGCUACCGCUGAUCAAGCUUUCACCAAUGCAAAAGCGGCUAAUAAUGUCACCGGUAUGGCUGAUGCAUUAAUGUAUGCAGCACUUGAAAGAAAUACAGCAUCAGUUGGUGUUGCAUCUGUCAUUUGCAACGAAACUGCCGUCAAUCCCGAGAUUCAAGCCGUUCAACAACAUCAAGAUCCAGCCUCACCAAACGCUGCCACUACCAAUAAAGCUAUUGUUCUUUCACUCGCUAAACAACUUGCUUCUAUUGGGGCAGAUCCUCAAGAAGCUCUUCUUUCGGGUACAUUCGCACCAGGAACUAUCGGCGAUCCAACUGCUGCUGGCAAUACUUGUGACGACGAAGCCGAUUCACCUGGUUGUAUCUUUACAAAAAGUCUUAUCGUUAACGAUGCCACUGCCGAUGAAAUCACCGCAGCUGUCGCAGGAGUUUCGGCAAAUUCAACUUCUACCGCUACUAUCAGUUCUGUCUCCUCGAGUAACUCAACUUCAAACUCUACAGGUAGCGAAUGUGCUGCCGCAGUAACAAGUACAAUUACCGCCGUCGCCGCCAUCGCGACGGGCUCAUCAAUGGCGUCUCUCGCUUCCGUUGCUUCAGUAGCAGCAACCUCAGUUGCGUCAGUAGCCUCUUCUGCAUCUACUGGAACCAGUGCCACAGGAACAAAUGUUCAAACCUUCACCGGAACACUAGGUGGAGCACCUCCCCCAGUUGUUUCCUCUGCAGGUGAUCGUCCUUUCUCGGUUAACGGAGAUUCAUUUGUGGGUGAAGGAGCAGCACUUCAAAGGAGUUGUAGCGUACAACAUAAUGCCUGUGCGAGUGCUGCUAAUAGUGGAAGCAUCGCGGGUGGAGUGGCACAAUGUGAAACGCAAGAGACGGCUUGUAAUGCUGCAUCCGGAGUGGCGAAGAAAAUAAGACGACAGGCUAUGAUGUUUUAG